AACACUCCGAGCUCCUGCUGCGCGGCCGCGCGUGAUCGGCCCGCCGCCGCCGCCACCGCUGCCGCCUCCCUGCGCUCCGGUGCCGGAGCCCGCGCCGCCCCCGGCCCCGCGAUGCUGCUGCUGGCUGCCGCCGGCCUCGUGGCCUUCGUGCUACUGCUCUACAUGGUGUCUCCGCUCAUCAGUCCCAAGCCCCUUGCCCUGCCUGGCGCGCAUGUGGUGGUUACAGGAGGUUCCAGUGGCAUUGGGAAGUGUAUUGCUAUUGAGUGCUAUAAACAAGGAGCAUUUAUAACUCUGGUUGCACGGAAUGAGGACAAACUACUGCAGGCAAAGAAAGAAGUGGAGAAGUACUCUAUUAACACUAAACAGGUGGUACUUUGUAUCUCAGUUGAUGUAUCUCAAGACUAUAACCAAGUUGAGAAUGUCAUAAAACAAGCACAGGAAAAGCUGGGUCCGGUGGACAUGCUUGUGAACUGUGCAGGAAUGUCGCUGUCGGGAAAAUUUGAAGAUCUCGAGGUUAGCACUUUUGAAAAGUUAAUGAGCAUUAAUUACCUGGGCAGCGUGUACCCCAGCCGGGCAGUGAUCACUACCAUGAAGGAGCGCCGGGUGGGCAGAAUUGUGUUUGUGUCCUCCCAGGCGGGACAGUUGGGGUUAUUUGGGUUCACAGCCUACUCUUCAUCCAAGUUUGCCAUAAGGGGACUGGCUGAAGCUCUGCAGAUGGAGGUGAAGCCUUAUAAUGUUUAUGUGACAGUGGCCUACCCACCAGACACAGAUACCCCUGGAUUGGCGGAAGAAAACAAAACAAAGCCUUUGGAGACUCGACUUAUUUCAGAGACUACAGCUGUUUGCAAACCUGAACAGGUGGCCAAACAAAUUGUUAAAGAUGCCAUACAAGGAAAUUUUAAUAGUUCCAUUGGCUCAGAUGGGUACAUGCUCUCUGCCCUGACUUGUGGGAUGGCUCCAGUAACUUCUAUCACGGAAGGUCUCCAGCAGGUGGUCACCAUGGGUCUUUUCCGCACAAUUGCUCUGUUUUACCUUGGAAGUUUUGAUAACAUAGUUCGUCGCUGCAUGGUGCAGAAAACAAAACCUGAAAUUGCUGACAAAACUGCCUAAUUCUGAUCCCCUCAGACAAAAGACUGUUUCCAAAUAAUUUGAACAGCUUGCUGCUGCUACAUGGGACCCAAUUUUUGGCCUAUAGACUCUUAUGUCUUGUUUUUGAAUGUGUGAGAUUGGAUCAGUGCCCUUCAGAAACCUGGGUCCAAGCAAAGGGAUAGAAUCAACUGCAAACAAUGUUGUUAACACUAUGCAAAUAUGGGAUAGGGGACCCUUUGAUUUUUCGGGGCUCCGAGGUGGAGUGAUUUUAGUAGGAGAACUAAUAGCAGGUGAACAGGGUAAAAGACAGAAUGCCAGAAUGGUAAUUUAAAUUUUUCUAUUUAUUUUUAUUUUUUUAUACCCCAUAGAGAUCAAGUCCAGAAAAAUGUACUUUACAACACAUACGAAGUUUUGAGGGUUUCUUUUUUUUUUAAGUUUAUAUAAAAGGCAGUGUCUGGUUUUGUUUUGUUUUGUUUUGAACUUGGUGUAUUUUAUUCAAGGUGAGUUUUACACACUGCCAGUGAGGCUGAAUGUCACCGACACCUCUGUGUGGUGCUCAGGAUGGAAACUGGCUUCUCUCUCUCUUUGAUCCCAUAGAGCUGCAAGGGGGAUGGGAGGUGGCGAUGCGCAGUGGAAGAUGGAGAGAUGAGCUUUGGGAAGAGAAAAAUCAGUGCUUUCUUGUCUUCGUCAGACUCGAAUGCUUAGGGACUUUUCAUUUUCAUUCAUGGGGAAAGGUAGCCUCCUUAAAUAUUUUCUUUAGAGAAUUAAAAUCUUAGAAGCUUAAAAGUUUACAAUUUCUUCCAUAGCCAUGAAGUUCACCUGAAGUUCACCUCUUCCAUUCCGUUGUAGUGUCUCCUUUUCCCAUUUUGCUUAUACUGCUGUAAUAUUUUUGUAAAACAAACAAACAAAAAAAACCAGCUAAGAUUUUUUUGGCUUUUUAAAUUCAUGAAUUCAUUAAAACAAACAAAAAAAUUAAAAAGUGUGACAUUCUUAUCCUUGUAGCAUAUAUGUAGCUUUUAGGAAAUAUUUUAGUUUUACUCACUAGGAAAAAAAAGAUGGCUAAUUUUGCUUUGAAAUAAAGUGAUUGCCUCUUCUCUCUGAGACUCUCCCGCUGACCCUGAGGGCAGUGCCUUCAUGCCAAGUGUUAAGGAGCCCACUCACCCCUCUGUGUAGCCCUGGAAAUCAUUGUCACCGAGGAAUGUGGUUUCUGGGUUACAGGAUUGUUGUUCUACAGCAAGUGCCUAUGACGAGUCUCAGCCGACAUUCCCUUUCCAUCCUGUUCAUUACUCACUGUCCUCUGACUUAAAGACAGUUGCCAUCAUUUUGUUGUCAUAGCCCCUUUUUGCAUACACAGUAGUGCAUUCCAGUUCACUUUUCUGGGAAAAGACCUUUUAAAGAAAAAGACUUUUAAAGAAAAAAAAACUUUUAUAUUGUAAAAAAUACAAAUAAAUAAAUAAAAACAAAAGCAAUUAAAGAUCUAGAAAUUAUAGCCAGCCUUGAUUUCCUCUUGAGUUCUUGAAGCUCUUGUCUUUUGAGUGACUUAGUUUUUGAUGAGUAAGAUGUUUAAUGGCUCCACUGGUAUCUUUAUGAAGAUCUGAGAAUGCAUAUUUUAAACACUGUUGCAGAGGACAUUAUUUAACAUACCCAUUGCUUGAAAUAACUUCAUUACCUUUACAGGACUAGGCUCAUGCCAAAUGGUUCCAUGGAUCUCCCAGGCUUAUAGUCAAAAGUUUGCAAACUAUGCAGAGUCAGCCUGGGCCACUGCAGAAAUAGAAGAGCGGCUGUGUUUUCCCAAUUCACAGAAAACAAAUACAUUAAUAUCUGAGUGUUUCUCAAGUCUGUUUUCUUAUAAAUGUUCCUUAAG